CGUUGUCUGCUCCAUGAGCAGAAGAAGAAAAUCACACCAGCGCUGUUUCCGGUUCGGCUCGCGCGCCCAGAAGAGACAGUUUGAACUGUCAUUAUACGUUCUGUCUCUGAAUUAAACUUCCAGUUUACACGUUAACUACACGUUCUGUCUCUUGUUCCAACCAAAUAAUGCGUCUGACAUCAUGAAAAACGGCGUGUGAACGCGGCUGCUUGUUGGACUAGGAGCUACCGGGGAACGGUAAAGUGACCUGGUUGGCGAUCACAUCCCUUCACUAUGGGGAUGAACCCCAGUCAGGAGGCCCUGAUCAGCCAGGUGUUUGAGACCUAUCUGACUGAUCAUCAUCAUGGGGACAUUGUGCAGCUGCUUGCAGACACUAGCGAAGAGGCCCAUCGCUGUGUGCUGGUUAAUGCCAUGACUUUGUUUGAAGCCAAUAUGGAGGUUGGAGAUUAUUUCAACACCAAUCCCCAUGAUGUCUUGGCUCUAUUUGAUAAAGUGUUAAAUAGAACAGCACUGGAGUUAUCAAGUUAUGGAGGACAAAGAACAGAGAAAAUGGGACCCACUCUUCAUGCACGCAUCACAGGUCUGCCAGUGUGUCCGGAGCUGACCAGAGACACCAUUCCCAGGUCCAGAGAUGUAGGACACUUUCUAUCUGUUACUGGUACUGUCAUACGCACCAGUGUUCCCAAGGUCUUGGAAUACGAGCGUGACUACAUCUGCACAAAGUGUCGACACGUUUUCACGGUGCAGGCUGACUUUGUCCAGUUUUACAUCUUUGUCCCACCGGAGAGCUGUCCUAACCCUGAAGGCUGUAAUUCGUUUAAGUUCAGCUGCCUUUCUGCAGGAUCUGAGCCUGCUUUCUGCAAGGACUUCCAAGAGAUUAAGAUACAAGAGCAGGUGCAGAGGCUGUCAGUGGGCAGUGUCCCUCGCGCUAUGCUGGUGGUUCUGGAGGACGACCUUGUGGACAGUUGUAAAUCUGGAGAUGAUGUCAUUGUUUAUGGGGUGAUGUACCAGCGCUGGAAGCCCUUUUAUGAAGGCACUUGCUGUGAUGUGGAGCUUGUCCUUAAAGCUAACAACAUAGAAGUGAACAACCAGCAGGCUUCUGCUUCACAUCUCAUGAAGGAUGUUCAGAAAGAGUUUGAAGACUUCUGGAAUAACUACAAACAUGAUCCCAUAGCUGGUAGGAACGCAAUCCUGUCGAGCCUGUGCCCACAGGUAUUUGGCAUGUUUGUGAUUAAACUGGCGGUUGCCAUGGUGUUGGCUGGUGGUGUGCAGAGAGUAGAUUCUUCUGCGACCAAGAUAAGGGGGGAGUGUCAUAUGUUGCUGGUCGGGGACCCUGGUACCGGAAAGUCUCAGUUUCUUAAGUAUGCAGCGAAGAUCAUGCCUCGCUCUGUACUCACAGCUGGAAUUGGCUCAACAAGUGCAGGACUGACGGUAGCAGCGGUGAAAGACGGAGGGGAUUGGCAUCUGGAAGCAGGAGCCCUGGUUCUGUCAGAUGGUGGUUUGUGCUGCAUUGAUGAAUUCAACAGUAUCAAGGAACACGACCGCAUCAGCAUCCAUGAAGCCAUGGAACAGCAGUCUAUUAGUGUGGCCAAAGCUGGUAUGGUGUGUAAACUGAAUACUAGAACCAGCAUCCUGGCAGCUGCCAACCCUAAAGGCCAGUACGAUCCAAACGAGCCACUCUCUGUGAAUGUGGCUCUGGCCAGCCCUUUGCUGAGUCGCUUUGAUCUGGUUCUAGUUCUGCUAGACACCAGAAACGCAGAGUGGGACCAUAUCAUCUCAACUUUCAUUCUGGAGGACAGAGGGAUUCCUGCUGAAUCUGCCAGCCUGUGGUCCAUGGAGAAAAUGAAGGCUUACUUUAGUGUGAUUAAACGCUUUCAGCCUCAGCUGUCUGAGGAGGCCAACAUCAUCUUAACACGUUACUACCAGCUACAGAGACAGAGUGAUGACCGCAGCGCUGCCCGCACCACCGUCCGUAUGCUGGAGAGUCUAAGCAGACUGGCUGAAGCUCACGCCAGACUCAUGUACAGACAGACGGUGACCAUAGAGGAUGCAGUCAUGGCUGUCUCUGUCAUGGAGUGCUCCAUGCAGGGUGGAGCUCUGCUGGGGGAUGUGAAUGCGUUACUCACCUCAUUCCCUGAUGACCCCUGUCAGCAGUAUAAGAUUCAGUGUCAGAAGUUGCUAGAAGGACUAAACCUGCCACUGCUCCUUCAGAAAGAGAUGGACAGACAAGCCAGGCUGAAUUGCAACACCUCUCAUGUGGACCCAGCAACAAAUCAUUCCCAAUAUCAAGUCAGAGACCUGAAUGCCAUCAAAAAUCCUUCCCAGGGAAUCCACACUAACAAUACUGAUGUCACAGUGGACAGUGGCUUAGACUGGUUCCACUCCAUCACUUCAUCAGAUAGCAUGGCCUUGCCCAGUAUCACAUCAGCUCCAGAAAACCUCUGCAGUAGGUCAGACAUGUCUAUAGCAACCAAACUGUCAAGUGCUGCAACUGAGAAUGAGGUUCUGUGUAACACUAACCUAUUAAAACAUGAUGUGGUUUUAUACCCAUUGGGAACACUUACCUCUGCUGUUUCACAAGAAGAAAUGAAAGAAAGAAGCUCGGGUUGUUUGUUUCAAAGAGUCUCAAAGAAUCUGAGAAACGGAAGAAGGGAGCUGGAGCUGAAUGAUCGGCGUGGACAGAAGGUGGUUUCUGGAGAUGCAAGUGAAGAUGUGAUUGAUGUUUUAGAUUCUCACACUAGCAGCUCUUCAGCUAAGAGCCCCUCAACUAUACUAGUUCAGGUUGACCUAUUGUCAGGAAAAGACAGAAGAUUUGAGGUGGAAGAAGAGAAGGACCAGACUGGAGCUAAGAACACGUGUGAUGUACUAAAACCAAGUAAGAUGAGGCCUUCAAUCAACGCCAGCUCAGCUGUUAUUGCAGACAUCCAAACCGAUAGUUACUCAGGGAGCAAUCCUCAAACCUACACAGAGGGCAGAAUGGGGGAACUGGAGCCACUUUGUCAUCAAGAAUCAGCCGAUCCACUCACAAAGAGAAAGAAAAGACGGAACCAGUACCUAAAUCUGGCCAAAAGCAAAAACAGGGGUAAGCAAGUAGGCUGUAUCACUGAGGUGGGAGAGAAAAGCUCUAAUGCGACAUCUCAAGGAAAAAUGUUGUGUCGAGAACAAAGACCCAAAGUGAACACAAGGGAUUGGACUAUGGUAAAGCCAAACACUUUAGUUAAUGAUCCAGCAUCUUCCAAAUCAGAACCCACCAUGUCUACUGUGGCCUCUACUACCCUGUCUAAACUCUCAAGAUUCUCAUUUACCUUCCUACCUAAAACCAACGUGGAAACAAAUGCUACUAGGAAAGUAGAAAAAAGGCCAGGUCAAAUAGAUGGUGCUGAACGCCCAGGAGCUAGUUCAAAAUACCUACAAGAGCUAAUGUUAAGGGAAAAACUCAAGGAUACAACGCUCCCCCCUGGACGAUGCACAGAGUCUCCAAUUAAAACAAUGACUUCUAAUGCGUUGAACCAAAGGAAGAGUGUAGACAUGGCAAAUGAUGGUUCUGUUGCCGAUCAGAGUAAUGGCAAUCUGAAGAAGAGAAAGUGUUUUGCCUUGGACCCUCCACAAAGCAGUGUUGAUGCUCCCAAGGUUCUGUUCACAGGACGGUCACUGUUUGACUCUGAGAUGAGUAAUGACAUUUUUAACACUGACUGGGAUCAAGGGGUUUCAAAGAAAGCCAAAAUCUAAAACCACAAUCUACUGGCACGAUGUGUAUUCUCGACAACAAUGCAUAUUUUGUUAUGUGGCACAUUCAUUUAAUUUUUUUCUGGUAUGAUUUAAUUACCUCAUAGAAAUAAACCUGACUAUAUUCGGUAAGAAGUUCAAGUGGAAUUGUUUUUUUUGUGCAUCCAUACUUGGGCCAAAAAUGUAUCAAUGCAUUAUCGCAGGGAGAACAUUUUGGGAUUUUUUAAUUAUUUGCCCUACAAAUUCCAUACAUUACCUAUUUUUGUACGUUGGUACAACAAGACCAAAAGUCUCAAGAUCCUACAGCCCAAAUUUGAAAAUAAUCUGGUUUAAUCGCUUGUUUGGUUCUUUUUUAUCUACUUAUUAUGAAAGAAUUGCUAUUCUCAUUGGAUGCAUUCCUUAAUCUGAUUGUAGUGGUGAGGCACUUAAAAUGAGCCUAUUCAUUUGAAUGAACAACGUAAAAAUGUACCAUACAUUCAAUUCAUACGACAGAAAUGAUUAAAAUACACAUUAUCUCCUUAUUAUGCGUUCAUGGUCAUCUCCACUGAUGCCAGGAACGCGUCACUUAGUAACCAUCUGACAGGUGGAAAGAGUAACAAAAUGUUGUACUCAAGUAAAAGUACUGUUACUUAAGUACAAGUAAAGUUACCAGUCUAAACAUUUACUCAAGUAAAAGUAAAAAGUAGCUCAUUAAAAAUGUAUUCAGAGUAAAAGUUACUGAGUUACUUUUUUAACAGCUGGGUGGGGUGCGGGAUUCUAGUGUGGUUAAAAAAUAUAGGGGCAGAUCAUCCAAUAAAACAUUUUCAACAUUACUACAACCACUAAAUAUGGCAUGAACUGUGGAUUCAGUAAAGCAUCCUUUUCUUAAACAGAAAAGACAGACUUACUACAAACCAUCAAAUCUAAAUUGGGUCAGGGACCUUCAAGUAUUUAAAGACCAAACUGUGCCAUUGUCAGAUAACAGACCUGCCGAACAACAAAACAUCAAAUGAACAACGUGGUCUAUUCUUUUCUGUACAUCUUUACACUAUGAACUUUUUGUUGAGUAGCAGUUGGUUUUCAAAGUUAGUGGAUUUCAUCCUUGCCCGCUUUGCAGUGAAUAACAGUCCAGCACUACUGAAUAGACGCUCACAGGCAGCUGAGGCAGGAAGACCACUGUUGAGUUUGUACAGAGGUUUUUGAUGUGUGCAAAUGAGUUCAACGGAUCCAUUUUGUUUGAGAUACAAGCAAGGUACCCAUCAAGCUCCCCUGUACCUUGUGACCUUCUGGACUUCAUUGAGGAGAAGAAAUCUUCAUCUGAUGAAUGUUAUACACCUAACUAAUUGUUAAUGUUAUUUUAAACACAAAACACACACACUUGAUCAUCUUGGAGUCAGCAUUUCACCCGGUGGAACAAAUAAACAUGUUGAACUAGCGACUUUUCCUGCUGUCCUCGUGCUUUUUGGUCUCAUUUAACGGCUGUGUUUGAAGUGCCAACGAUCUCCCCACAUUUAGCAGGACGUUUUCAAACCAAGGUAUUUUAGGCACACAGUGGUGGUCCUCUGCAGCUGUGUGCCGCGCAAGCUGUUGAGAUGGAAGCAGCCUAGCAGCUAGCUUAGAAGAACUUUAGCUUUACGUGUUCUGUUUGACACGUAGAGUAACUCCUCUGCACAGUUCUCCGCUUUUUCUCGGACCUCUGUUUGAUUUACUUCUAAUGCUAAAAGCUCCUUCCAUCUUGAUGUAACGUCAACUUACUGCAGC